CUGACUUCGGAUCUGGCUAUUCCACUACCUGGUACUGUCUCCUAAGGGUUGGGUUUACAAUAGUCUACUCACAAGAAACCGAUGGUUGCGUCACUAACCUGCCUUUGGGUGUCGUCUGGAGUGGAAGGGGUCCUGCUGUUUGUUGCUCUUUUUGAUUUUCAUGAUAUUUCUCCUUAUAGAAGAGGAGACCCAGGGUAUGUCUUUUGGUCUCUCUGCCAUGAUAUGGGACCAGUGAUCUUUUACUUUCCUCUGCAAACCCUCGAACUCACUGGGCUUGAAGGUUUUGGCAUAGCAUUUCUUUCUCCAAUAUUGCUAACCAUUAGUCCUUUCUGGAAAUUGGUUAACAAGAAGUGGAUGCUAACCCUGCUGCGGAUGAUUACUGUUGGCAGCAUAGCCUCCUUCCAGGCUCCGAAUGCCAAACUUCGGAUAGUGGUCCUCGCGCUUGGUGUGUCUUCGUCUCUGAUAGUGCAAUCUGUGACAUGGUGGACAGGAAGUGGUUUGCAAAGGUACCUCAGAAUCUGGGGAUUUAUUUUAGGACAGAUUCUUCUUCUAGUUCUUCGCAUAUGGUACACUUCACUAAACCCAAUCUGGAGUUAUCAGGUGUCCAACAGAGUGAUCCUGACCUUAAGUACCAUAGCCACCCUUGAUCGCAUCUUCACAGAUGGUGACUGCAGUAAACCUGAGGGGAAAAAGACUGGCGAGGCAGCCAAGGGGAUGGCCUCUAGACCUAACUGGUUGUUGGCGGGGGCUGCCUUUGGCAAUCUCAUAUUCCUCACCCACUGGGUGUUUGGAGAGGUCUCCCUCGUUUCCAGAUGGGCAGUGAGUGGCCAUCCCCAUCCAGGGCCGGAUCCUAACCCAUUUGGAGGUGUAAUUCUGCUGUGCUUGGCGAGCGGAUUGAUGCUCUCGGCUUGUUCAUGGUUUCCUGGUACCGGUGUAAUCUGGUGGGUUACAGGAGUGGCUUCAGCUGUGGGUCUCCUUUACCUGCCCACGUGGGCAGCCGCUGUUUCUGGCUGUGUGCUUGCCCUCUUCACAGCGUCCAUGUGGCCUCCAGUGCUUGGACACCUUGUUAGCUCUGGGUCAAGCCCUGGGAAAGCCAUGACCAUCGCCAUGAUAUUUUAUCUUCUAGAAAUACAUUUCUGUGCAUGGUGCACAGCUUUUAAAUUUGUCCCAGGAGGGGUAUAUGCUAGAGAAAGAUCUGAUGUGCUUUUGGGGACGGUGAUGCUAAUCAUUGGGCUGAAUAUGCUAUUUGGUCCUAAGAAAAGCCUUGACUUUCUUCUUCAAGCAAAAAACAGUCCUAAAGCGCUUUUCAGAAAGAGUGAAAAAUGCAUGAAACUUUUUUUGUGGCUGCUUGUUGGUGUGGGGUUGCUGGGAUUAGGAGUACGGCAUAAAACCUAUGGGAGGAAACUGGGCAAAGGGGCACCAGCCACAGAGAUCUCUGCCGCCAUCUGGGCUUUCAGGUUUGGCUACGACAAUGAAGGAUGGUCUAGCCUAGAAAGAUCAGCCCAACUGCUCAGUCAAACAGGUGCAGAUUUCAUAACAGUUUUGGAGAGUGAUGCUUCUAAGCCCUUUAUUGGGAACAAUGACUUAACCAUGUGGUUAGGGGAGAAGUUGGGUUUCUAUACCGACUUUGGUCCUAGCACAAGGGAUCACACUUGGGGGAUUAUGGCUUUGUCAAGAUACCCAAUUAUGAAAUCAGAGCAUCACCUUCUUCCGUCACCAGAGGGCGAGAUCGCACCAGCCAUAACGCUGACUGUUAACAUCUCAGACAGACUGGUGGAUUUUGUUGUGACACACUUUGGGAAUCAUGAAGAUGACCUCGACAGGAAACUUCAGGCUAUUGCUGUUUCAAAACUACUGAAAAGUAGCUCUAAUCGAGUGAUAUUUCUGGGAUAUGUCACUUCAGCACCUGGUUCCAGGGAUUAUCUGCAGCUUGUUGAACACGGUAAUGUGAAGGAUAUUGACAGCACAGAUCAAGACAGAUGGUGUGAAUACAUUAUGUAUCGAGGGCUGAUCAGAUUGGGUUAUGCAAGAAUCUCCCAUGCUGGACUGAGUGACUCUGAAAUUCAGAUGGCUAAAUUUAGCAUCCCUGAUGACCCCGUUGAUUAUAGAGACAACCAGAAAGUGGUCACAGACCCCAGGGAAGUUCCUGAGAAAAUUCAUUUCAAUCCCAGGUUUGGAUCCUACAAGGAAGGACACAAUUUUGAGAACAACCAUCAUUUUCAUAUGAGUACUCCCAAAUACUUUUUAUGAGCUAUUUAAAACAAGAAUUCAUUGACUGGGCAAGUCUAAGGAAAACAAAAGUAUGCAAGAUAAAAAGAAGAGAUGAAUGAAAGUGGGAAACCACAUACAAAGAAUGAAAAAUAUGCUAUCUGUACAGGGGGAUAAUCCAUCAAUUUAUAAAAUAUAUUGUGUAAUAAAAGCAUUUCUCCAA